AUGAACGUCGGGAUAUUGUUUUUGCUUGUUUGUUCUGCGGCAUUUUUUGCUGAGCUGCAGUGCGCCUCGCCAAGGACCACAGCGGGGAUGGAUCUCUCCACCGCCGGCUUAAGCAACAUCAGCAGCGGCAGCAGCAGCAGCAGCGGUGGCAACAGUGGGGAAACCGGAGGCAAAAGAGACUUGAACCAAACCAUAAACUCCAGGCUCAAGAGGAAAACCCUGGCUGUGGAUUUUGCGGUCCCUUCUCUGUUGCGCUAUUACCUGGCGGAGUUCAUAAAGAGACCCCUGAACGGCGACUGCCAGACUUUUAGCGGAUGUUACACGGUGCGCGCAAACUUGAAAAUGCACUGCAUACCUUUGCAGAAAACCAUAUCUACUUUUGUGGACCCCAAGUCUGCUACGGACUCAGCACUGAGGAACAUGUCUUCUGAUGGACAGCUCCCCUUCUUCUACAAGCGGCCGCUGUCCAAAGUUCUGAAAUUGGGCUUGACGAAAGCCAGCAGGAAAUCAAACCAAGUGGUGGUGGAAAUAGGAGAGGAUUUAGUCAGGACGGGAUGCGGGGGUCUGUCUGUGUACGAGGAGGCCCCGGUGUUCACUCUGGAAAUGGACCUCACAACUAUUCUGGAGUGGUGGCUCGGCGCAGAGGGGGGCCGGCUCAGGGUCCGACUCAUGCCCGAGAAAAAGGCGCAGGUGCCCGGGAUUGAGGAUCGGUACACAGCGGCCAUACGCGCCGCAGACCCCCGCCUCUUCCUCCAGAUAUCCUCCCGGGGUGAACCAUUGGCUGGUAGGACUGCUGCUGGCAUUCCUAGAGGGUACUGGAGCUUCUCCUGGGUUGCUGAAGAUGACCUGAGCUUUCCCAACGGCUCUGUGCCCAUGUCAGAUCACAGAUGCCCUGGCAAUAGUAGAACAUGUGACCAGCACCCGGAGGGUAUCCCAGAGUUCACAUGGAGCAUAGUGGCUGCGGGGGAAAGGAACGGGAAAACCGAAAAGAAGACAGGAAGUCCCCAGGGUUGGGAGGAAGGUAAGAACGAAGGUCAGUUCUUCUGGGUGAACAGUUCAGCCUUUGGGGGGCCCUGGGUGCUGAGUCCUUGGCUGUGGGGGGGACAAGGUCCCUGUAGCCUGGACAUGGCCAUGUUCCUCCACCCCAAGCAAAGCGGGCAAUACACCAUUUGGCUCAUAGAGCGGGACAAACCGCCGCUCGCCCUCUUCUCCACCGACACCCUCCCUCGCAUCACAGGCUGGGCCGUGGUCCACCUCACCCUGGGCACCCACGGAGGAUCGCCUUUUCGCGUCUCAGCCAGCUACGAUCAGCGGAUCCCCCAGGAUGACACGGCCACCAUCGAGCCCCACUUCACCACCAACUGCACCAUGGCAUCCUCACCCGGCCCUAACAUAACACUAGAGGGUCAAUACCACUGUCACCAAGGACCUGGGAUCCCACUGGACAAACUGUGUGACUUCAGUACAGACUGUCCGCUCGGCGAUGACGAAGGCGACCUAUGUCGCCGCUUUCUCAAUGGAAGCUACUGCUCUUUUGAAGAAGGCGAGUGCAGUUGGCAGUCAAUAAUGGGCCGUGGUCUCUCCUGGAGAAGAGUCCAGUCUCCAGCCAAGACUACCAGACAGAGCUGCCCGUCAUCAGGUGCUACUUUCAGUGUGGAGGGAGGCCAGUCCAAAGGCCAGCGUGGCUCAGCGUUACUGAGGAGCCCUCUCUUCCCUCCUCCUCUAAGAAACUCCCCAUGCAUGGUGCGGUUCUGGCUGUGUUCUGGAGGCCUGCAGAAGGGGUCGCUGUCUCUGUGGAUAGUGGAAAACAGCACAGGCCCUGAGGAGCAGCGCAGACUGUGGCAUUCAGCCAGUGAACCCAAAUCUGAGAGGGGCUGGAAACUCAUCAUACUUCCCCUUUAUGCGCUGGCAGACUGGUUCUGGCUGCAGUUCAGCGUGGAAGAUGGGCCUGGACCCGGUUCAGCCAUCUCUCUUGACAACAUCUCUUUCAGUAUGGACUGCUUCCUGGCAUCCAACGGCGAAUUUCCACCUGUGGUCACCAGCACAACCAGGCUGUCGUUGAGACCUACUACCGAGACUAUGGCCACGUCCAUGGGGAGCCCUUUGAUAAACUUCCCCACCACUGAUUACGCCAAAAAAUGGAUUUUUCAUACCUGUGGGGCUGUGGGCCCUGAAGGCCCGACUCCCACUCAGUGCCUCAACUCCUACAGGAACAGCAAUGUCAACGUGACAGUAGGCACCCGAGGGCCCUUCAAAGGCAUUCAAAUGUGGCAGGUCCCGGAAACUGGCACCUACAGGAUCACAGCCUAUGGUGCCGCUGGCGGUCGUAGCGUAUUGGCCAUGAGCAGGUCACAUGGUGUCUACAUCACUGGAGACUUCCUGCUUAGAAGAGGCGAGCUGCUCUACAUCCUGGUGGGACAAAAAGGAGAAGACGCAUGCCCCAACUCCAACGGCAUACUGAAUAAGAUCUGCCUGGAACAGAGUAGCCCGAUGGUGAACAAAACUCAAGUGAAAGGGGGCGGAGGAGGUGGUGGCGGAGCUACAUAUGUAUUUAAGGUGGUCAAAGAAGUGUACAUCCCCCUCAUCAUCGCUGCUGGGGGAGGAGGCCGGGGCUACAGCAGCCAAUCAGAAACCCAGCUGGAGCAGAUGGACUAUGACCCCAGCCAGCCGGGACGCAAUGGGAAGUCAAACGCAGCAGGUGGAGGUGGAGGUUGGAAUGACAGUGCUCCUGUCAGUCAGGGUGGCAGACCACUGGUGCUGGGGGGCCAGGGAGGGCAGGCCUGUCAAAAGUUCUGGCAGACCCGCGGUGGCUUCGGGGGCGGCGGAGGCGGCUGUACGUCCGGGGGCGGGGGUGGAGGCUACAGAGGUGGUAACACCACCAUCGAUAACAACCCCAAACACGAUGGCGACGAUGGCACUUCUUUCCUCGGCCCAGCAGGAGAACCCUUCCUCUAUCCUCUGAAAGCCAUGGAGGGGGAUGGUGAGGUGAUCAUCAGUCCGGUGCAGAACUGCAGCCACUGUGAGAGCGGUGAAUGCCACGAGACCCAGGACCGCGUUGUCUGCUUCUGUGAAAAUGACCUGAUCCUGGCACCAAACGGAGUGUCCUGCAUCAACGCUACAGGGAUGUCCCAGGUGCCUUCUCAGCCGUCUCUCUCCCGCCUUGCUCUGGGGCUGUCCGUUGGCACCUCAGCCCUCAUCGCUGCCCUGCUGCUGGCUGUAUCCGGAGUCAUGAUAAUGUACAGGCGUAAACACACAGAGCUGCAGUCUAUUCAGCUGGAGCUGCAGAGUCCAGACUGCAAGCUCAGUAAGCUGCGGGCCUCCACCAUCAUGACCGACUACAACCCCAACUACUGCUUCGGCGGCAAGACGGCAUCGGUCAAUGACCUGAAGGAGGUGCCGCGACGCAACAUCUCCCUCACCAGGGGUCUGGGUCACGGUGCUUUUGGUGAAGUGUAUGAAGGGCUGGCCAUGGGAAUACCAGGUGAACCAAGUCCACUGCAGGUGGCAGUCAAGACUCUUCCUGAGGUUUGCUCUGAGCAAGAUGAGAUGGACUUCCUCAUGGAGGCUCUAAUCAUCAGUAAGUUCAGCCACCAGAACAUUGUGCGUUGUAUAGGAGUGAGUCUGCAGCUCAUGCCCAGGUUCAUCCUGCUGGAGCUGAUGGCAGGAGGAGACCUCAAAACUUUCCUGAGGGAGACCAGACCCCGACUGGAGCACCCGUCCAGCCUGACCAUGGUGGACCUUCUCAGCGUGGCCAGAGACAUUGCUAAGGGCUGCCAGUAUCUGGAGGAGAACCAGUUUAUACACAGGGACAUUGCAGCUCGGAACUGUCUGCUGACCUGCAAAGGAGCAGGCCGUGUGGCCAAGAUUGGAGAUUUUGGGAUGGCUCGAGACAUUUACAGGGCAAGCUAUUACAGGAAGGGUGGGCGUGCCAUGCUGCCAGUGAAAUGGAUGCCGCCGGAAGCCUUCAUGGAGGGCAUCUUCACAUCUAAAACGGACACGUGGUCAUUUGGGGUUCUGCUGUGGGAGAUCUUCUCAUUGGGCUACAUGCCAUAUCCAAGUCGCAGUAACCAAGAAGUGCUGGAGUUUGUAACCAACGGUGGAAGAAUGGACCCACCUAAAAACUGCCCUGGGCCAGUGUACCGUAUAAUGACUCAGAGUUGGCAGCACCAGCCUGAGGACAGACCUAACUUCUCAACUAUCCUGGAGAGAAUUGACUACUGCUUACAGGACCCUGAUGUGGUGACCGUGCCCCUGCCUAUAGAGUAUGGACCAGUCCCUGAGGAGGAAGAGCGUGUUCCCAUGCGCCCUGAUGAUGCCUCAGCUCCAACUGUGCUGGUAAAUGCCCAGGUGCCUGACGGGGAGGCUCCUCAGCCGCCACCAUCCUAUCCUACAGAGGAGAACCGUGGAGGCGGAGAACAUACAGCUGUGACGAGCACAGCGUCGGAGGCCAAAGCACAGACAUCAGCCCAGACCCAGCUGUACCUCCACCAGCACCAGCAGCCUCACACGCAGACCUCCAUCACCAUGACAACCAUGAAUACAGCCACCACCUCCACAGCCACCUCUACACUCACUGCCAAGGGACCUCAUGUUACCACCCAGCCCAGCUCUGAGGGGGGCCACAUUAAUCUGGCGUUCACUCAGGGCCAUCCGCCAGAGAAGGAGGGCCACAACGGGAAGAGCACCAGUCUCUGGAACCCCACAUACGGCUCCUGGUUCCUGCAGCAGCAGCAGAGGAAGCAGCAGCAGAGGCAGGGAGGGGUGGGGGGAGCAGGGGGCAGCGGUGGCAGGGUGCCUGGUGAGGGACAGGAGCAUGUGGGCCGGACGGUGGCUGAGGUGGCGGGGGCGCUGGGUCUCCAGCAUCAGCACAAGCAGUUCCAGCAUCAGCUCCAGCAGCAGCACCAACUCCAGCUGCUGCACCAUCAGCAGCAGCAGGGCCUUUGUAGACCUCUGUUACCCCCACCACCCCCUCCUGCUGCCCAGUCACCUCUGCUUUUAGAUUCGGCAGCAUUGCCCCCAGUUCCCCUCUACAGACUGAGAAGAUUCCCCUGUGGGAACAUCGGCUACGGCUACCAGGAGCAAGGCCUGCCGCUGGAGGCCGCCCACGUCAACCCCAACCCCCCUCCUCCGCCCCCUCCCUCCCAACAGGGCACCUCCAUGCCCUCCUCAGCAGCUCACCAGAGGGGAGCUUCUAUUCCCACCUCUGUGUCCCUGGGUCGGUCGGGUAUGUCCGAGGACAGCCGUCCACUGCUUGUCACCAUGGGGACAGUGCAGGACCCCAGGCUGCCCAGGAUGGAGGGCCACAACGCCACCGUGCUUUAGCCCAAAUGCCUGUACUGCUGGUCUCUUUUUCAGGCCCUGUCUUUGAAGACUGUGCGUCCAGGAACCACAGCAGGAAACACUGUCAGGACAGAGAUUGUUUUAAACCACCCCUACCGUCCCACCAUUUUGGUUUCUUCCUCCAGUUCAGAAAGAACCCAUCCCACUGAAACAGAGCUGGAUGAGUCCAUCAGGCUUUUCCCAUGAGAACCCUGGAGGUGUGUUAAAUCCCCAGUGGAUGCUAAAGCACAUCAGACAACUAAAAACCUUUGGGAGGCAAAUGUAGAGUAAAGGCUAGUUUUAAGAGUUAAAAAAAAAAAAAAAAAAGUAUUUUUUCAACACUGGAGGGAUCGUGAGUGAGUGAGAACACUGAGAAUGAAAAAUGGAGAGUUUAUGGCACAGGAGGACGGGGGGACAGCUUUGUCAUCUAUGAAAAUGGACUAUUGUGAGCAUUCAGAUCUCUAUAUUUUGCCAGACUUAAGACUGUGAGUCACCAACUUCUGUGACCACUUUGACUGUAGCACGGUGUCUACAGCUGCCAGCCACAUGUGUCAGUUCUACUGCAGAACCCUCACACUGUUCCUUCUCCACAUCCUUUUUGGAAAACAGCAGCGUGGUAAAAUACUUGUAUCAGACUAUUUUUCAAGAAUAUCACUGAAUUGGAGCCUGGAUUACCAGAGACAUUUAUACUGAAAAAAAAAAUACUGGGAAAAUGUGUUUGUUGAUGUUUGCUUGCCUGCUUGUUUAUUUAUUCAUUUGUUUAUUUAUUAUUUGGUAGUGGCGAUAAAUUAUUAU